AUGGCGGCGGCCGGGACGUCGGUGUCGGCGGCGCGCAGCCCGGGAGCCCCGGCGGGGACGGAGGCCCGAGUCCGGCGCCUGCCCCCGGCACGGCCCUCGCGGCUGCCCCCGCUGCUCGUGCUGCUGGCGGCGGCGGCGGGGCCGGGCGCGGGCGGCGCGGCGCAGCUAUACCGCGCGGGCGAGGACGCCGUGUGGGUGCUGGACAGCGGCAGCGUGCGCGGGGCCACGGCCAACAGCUCCGCCGCGUGGCUCGUGCAGUUCUACUCCUCGUGGUGCGGCCACUGCAUCGGCUACGCGCCCACCUGGCGGGCCCUGGCCGGGGACGUGCGAGACUGGGCCGCUGCCAUCCGGGUCGCCGCCCUGGACUGUGCAGAAGAGAAGAACCACGAGGUGUGCCGCGCCUACGAGAUCCACUUCUACCCCACCUUCCGGUAUUUUAAAGCAUUUGCAAAGGACUUUACAACUGGAGAAGAUUUUAAAGGGCCGGACAGGGAGCCGCAGACGGUGAGGCACGCGAUGAUCGACUUCCUGCAGAGCCACACGGACGAGGGCAGGCCUCCCGGGUGCCCGUCUUUGAACGCCAUUCGGCCCAGGGACGUUCUUUCUCUCAUUGACAACAGCGGCGGCCGUUACGUGGCUGUCUUAUUUGAAAGCAACAGCUCCUACGUUGGACGUGAGGUGAUCUUAGACCUGCUUCCCUACGAGAACGUCGAGGUGAAGAGGGCGCUGGGCUGGGACAGAGCCUUCCUGCAGAAGCUCGGCGUUCCUUCCGUCCCCUCGUGUUACUUGAUUUACCCAAACGGGUCCCACGGAUUGGUUACCGUCGCAAAGCCUCUCCGAUCGUUUUUCUCCUCUUACUUGAAGUCAUUGCCGGAUGUGAGGAAGAAAUCGCUCUCAUUGCCUGAAAAACCAAGCGAAGGAGGCAACUCUGAAGCCGUGGUUUGGAGGGAAUUUGACAGGUCGAAGCUGUACACGGCUGACCUGGAAUCGGGGCUGCACCACCUCCUGAGGGUGGAGCUGGCCGCCCGCAGGUCCCUGGCCGGGGCCGAGCUGAAGACGCUCAAGGACUUCGUCACCGUUCUGGCCAAGCUGCUCCCCGGGCGGCCGCCAGUCAGGAAGCUGCUGGAGACGCUGCAGGAGUGGCUGGCCAGCCUGCCCCUGGACAGGAUCCCCUACGACGCCGUCCUCGACCUGGUCAACAACAAGAUGCGGAUUUCUGGAAUAUUCCUUACUAACCACAUAAAGUGGGUUGGAUGUCAAGGAAGCCAACCAGAGCUGAGGGGCUACACGUGUUCUUUGUGGAAAUUGUUCCACACUUUGACUGUUGGAGCUGGGACCCAUCCAAACGCGCUGCACGGCACAGGUUUUGAAGACGACCCCCAGGCAGUGCUGCAGACCAUCAGGAGGUACGUUCACAUCUUCUUUGGGUGCAAGGAAUGUGGUGAGCAUUUUGAGGAAAUGGCUAAAGAAUCGAUGGAUUCUGUGAAAACCCCGGACCAGGCAAUUCUCUGGCUUUGGAAGAAGCAUAACGUGGUCAACAGCCGCUUGGCAGGCCAUCCGAGUGAGGACCCCAAGUUCCCAAAGGUUCCAUGGCCCACUCCGGACCUCUGCCCGGCCUGCCACGAGGAGGUCAAGGGCCUGAGCAGCUGGAACGAAGGCCAGGUGCUCCUGUUCUUGAAGCGGCACUACGGCAGCGACAACCUCGAGGACGCGUACUCCUCGGACUUGGGAGACACGGGGGAAGGCGCCCCGGCCGCGGGCGAGGAGCGGGCGGGGGGCCACGCUUCCCCAGAGCAGCCGCCCGCACACCAAGGUGCCGAGAGUCUCCGUCCCCCCGGCGUGCUGCCCCCCAGGCCUCGCCUGUCAGCGAGGUCGCACCGGGGGCUGGACGUGAAGCUCGAGAGUCUGAGUGGGGCCGAGGGCCGCCGGGGGGCGGGGGCGGGGGCGGGGGCGGCCUUCCUGGGGACGGGCUUCUCCAGCCUGGACAUGAGCCUCUGCGUCGUGCUCUACGUGGCCUCGUCCUUGUUCCUGAUGGUGAUGUACUUCUUCUUCCGGGUGCGGUCCAAGCGGUGGAAGGUCAAGCAUCACCACCCGUCCGUGUAGGACGCGGCGAGACCGUGGAACCACCUUCGGAAAGCCUGCAGCUUUAAUCUUCAGAUCAGGGAUUCGGUCAACGCAUCGGACCUGGUGUCCCCUCGGUGGCGCCCUC